GUUUAAGAAAGUGCCAUAUCUGGUAGUUUGGCUUGGAAUUGUAAAUAAAACAUUAUUAAAUGUAAUUCCGUUUUAAUAAUUAAUUAAAUAACGUAAAAUAGAGUGUCUAAAAUGAGCACCGACAGCGCCGAGGAAACGUUGACCCAUGCCAACAUCCCUCAAAUGGAGAUCAACAUAUCCAACACGAACUCUUCCGCCCAGAUAGUAUUGAACGACCUGCUGCUCAUGGAUCUGCUCUGCAGAUAUCCAUUCCUGCUGAGCCAGCAGGAGGAUGCCCAAAAGGACGAGGAUUAUGACUCCUGGGGCUGGGAUCAGUUGGCCGCCGCCUUCAACGAAAGCUACGAGGGCGUUCAGCUAAGUGCUCCGUUCUCCGUGAGCGAGCUGCAGUGGCGGUGGAACAAACUGUGUCCAGUUGUGGGAGCACUGGCCAGGGCCAAAGGUCAGAUACCGGAUCCUCUGUGGCGGGCGGUGGGCGACGUUCACAAGUGCAUGCAGGCGACGAAGCAGACGGACGUGCCCAAGACCAAGUGCCAGGAGUUGCUGCUUAGCCAGUCUCAAUUUCUGAAAUCUCUCACGCAUUUGGAACGCCGUCGAUUGGAGGUGGAAGUACUGGAUCUCAUCCUGGGGCAAGAGCGUCUGGAAAAGGCCACCCACAAGCUUGGCCCCAAGGAGCAGGAGGCAGCUCAGAGCGAAUACGAUGAGUUCCUCAGUGCAAUCAGGGUCAAGGAGCUACCGGCGGACACUUUACUGCGCCUGGCAAUGGACGGAUUUUAUAUUUCCCGGCUGCCACCAACCAAGAUCCUUAAUGGCAAUCAAUGUGAUUUGGUCAUCAGCAACGUUUCUAGUGCCCAGGAUAAAAUCAAAAGAGAAAAAGUUGAAGCUGCGAAAACUCCUGAAAAACCCCGCUACGUGCCUUUGAAAAGCGCCAAGUACUAUAUUAAAAAAUUACGCGUCCGGGUGAAGCGAAUGGAUUUGGAUGACCACCUGCCCCUGGCCAACAUGCGGCGGUCCAGCCGUUCUGCGCUUAAUAACUGACUUUGAUUCGUAUCAAAUGCACAUAAGUUUAUUAAAAAAUACAUUACUAUAAAUUACAA